CCUCUGGCUUCGCCAAAUUCACCCCCACGCUGCGUCCUUCCAAGUUGGUUCGAAAUGGCCCAGACCAACAUCUGCGAUGUGGACGGAAAUGGGGACUUUUACGGACUCGGCAUCCGCGUGGGAUUCUACAGCCAAUGGAUAUCCACUCUCCUAGUCAACAUCUUUGUCCGUGAGGAAGCAGCAACCUCCCGUACCGUCAACCUCCUUCUUCAGCUUGCGGUCCUCAUCUGCGUUGUGUUCCUCACUAUCAGAAGGGCCAUAUAUCCUCACGAAGUCAUGAUCGCCUUCUGGCUGCUGGUCGGCGGGCCUUGGAGCAUGCAGUGGGGCGCUUUCAACCGGUCCGGGACCCUGGUCGCCCUGAGCCGGCUGGUCUUGUACGCGGCACUCUCGGCUUACAGUUGUUGGUUCUGGUUUGGCGGCUUGGACGAGCUGCCACAGACUCCUUGCGAGAGCUUUGUCUUUCUGGGGGGAGCAACAACGCACGGCUGGUUCCGAUGGUUUGGAAAGGCGCUGUCAAUAUGCGGACUCGCCGCGUGUGUUGCGGUCUUGGGUUGGGGCACUGUACGCCACUGGAAGGGGAAGAUGCACGGAUCUUCUGCGUCUCGUGUUGGGCGUCGGUCCAAGUCGACAGUUCCAGAGGCGCCACAGACGGACAUCGCCCUUCUCACCGUUUCGGUCUCUGCCAUUGUCCUAUCCAUUAUCUCGACCGAGUACCUCAUUCGCGACAACCACCUUGUUGGCGUUGACGUCCUCCUUCAGCCAGGCCAGCUUAUACCGUUGAUCGUGGGCGCCUUUGGACUGAUGGAAAUGGGUAUCUCUUUGCUCAGCGAUGGCAAAUUAUUCAAGCGGCAGUGCUUGACAUUCAUUAACCAUCACUUCACUUGAUCAUAGUUCCUGGAAACAGGGAGCAGUCUAGUUGUACGAGAAAUAGGGUUAUUGUUAAAUAUCAGUCUGAACCUUUUUCAUACUGGGGCGCUUGGAAGCAAUGGCGCAACUGUCGAGCAAACUGUUG